ACGCCAUCCUCCAGUCUACGGAAAUCCGGUUUGGAUUAGCGAGUUAGCAAAUUAUCGGGUUCUAGGCUAAUUUGUCUUCUAGACAGGUUAUCGAAAUGGGCAAAUAAUCACGUAAUAUAAUCGUCUAAGGUAAAGUGGAACUUUCGCUAAACAUGGAGGCAAACGGCGGCGAUGCUGAAAUAAAAUCCGGAGCCGAGGAGAAUCUGAAGAACCAGGAUCUGAGUUUUAUUCAGUCGACUGCUGCUACUUUCCUUUCUCAGUACGGAUGGUUCUUUUUGGUCCUGUGUGUGGGAGUUUACUUCCUCAUCCAGUAUCUCAGUAAGAAGAGCCCCAGCCUGAACCUGAGCUCAGCUUCAGCAGUCAGUCAAGACCCAUCGUCCGUGGUAAUGCGUCAGGAGGCUCUGGAGGCGUCGCGCCGAAGAAUGCAAGAAGAACUGGAUGCCAGAGCAGCAGAGUUUAAAGAGAAACAGCAGAGACUCGAGGAGGAGAAAAGACAGCAGAAAAUCGAGCAAUGGGAGAGCAUGAAGGAAGGGAAGAGUUAUAAAGGAAACGCUCGACUUCAUCGGAUCAACGACGAGGCGUCCAAUUCCACCACAGUGCUGAAGCCCAAGACGGACAAAAAGUCUCUUCGGAGCAGCGGUUAUAAUCCAUUGACUGGCGAUGGAGGAGGGACCUGCUCGUGGAGACCAGGCAGAAGAGGACCUUCAGCUGGAGGAUGAGGUUAAAGGAGGUCAGAGGGACGUAACUCUGGUCACCUCUGACCCUUAAAGCAUAAGAACACCACAAGUAACUGUUUGAAACUGUCUGCACUCAUCAUGGAUCAGUAAUAUUGAUUAAUAUGAAUCUUUAAUUUUACAAAAGGAAGAUUCUGUUGAAUCAUCAAAUUUCUUUUUAACCAGCAUUUAGAUUAUAUUUCAUUUCUCUCAGACCUUCUAAAUGUUUUCAAAUCUCAGUUAGAUGAAGAAGGGUUAAGUUUUAAGAUGCAUUCUCUUGACGUAGUCUGGCUUGCAGUAAUCAUCAGACUUUUUUGUGUACAUGCAUAGCGGCUCAUUGUAGGAUCUAUCCAUGUGAGUAAGUGACGGUUUCUAAUGACGCCUCCUCAUCAAAGGUACUCAGUCCAGUGGGGUUGGCUGAUGACUUUCAGUUUGUGUGUGUGUGUGUGUGUGUGUGUGUGUGUGUGUGUGUGUGUGUGUGUGUGUGUGUGUGUGUGUGUGUGAACCCUAAAAUGCUGUUCUGUAAAUCAAACACUUGGACACACUAGAUUCAAUAUGUAUUAAGACCUUUGUAUUAAUAACUCAUUUGAAUGUAGUGCUUUUUCUUGUUCACUGCACAAUUCCAUGUCAUUUUGUAGUAAUAAUGUCUUCAUUCAUAUUCUACUCCUCGAAGAAAAUCUCCAAACUAUUUCGACUGGUACAAUAUUUGCUAUAUUUCCAUCAGCUAAAAUCUAUUUUUUUGAACCUGCAAAAUGGUUCUGUUAAGCACGUGGCCUCAUAGAAGGACUAAAUCUUGUAAAUGUGAGUGCAACAUUUGUAAACUAUCAUCGAAUGUCUUUGUUGUUCUUGUCAACUUUUCAUGAUUAAAAAGGCUUUACCGCAA